CACCCACAGAGGGAUGGCGAUAGGAGGAAAAUAAGGAAUCCUAUCUGGAUCCAGGCCUGUGGGGAGCACGUUCCCUCAUCCUUCCUCCCAGUCCACUCCCUUAGCACAGCGCCAUCACCGUCAGCCCGGGAAACUCUGCUCGGGCGGAUCCUCGCUGCUGCGGCCCUCCCUUUCCCCCUCUACCCCCCCGCGCCCGCCCGCCCCUCUCCGUCUCCAUCUCGGUCUCCGUGGCUGCAGCCAGCCUAGGGGCCGUGGCUGCGGUAUUUUGUCCCGUGUGGUGACCCCUCCUCCCCAGCCGGCGGGCAGGAGGGCAGGCGGCGGCGACGCUUCUGUGGGAGGUAGAGGCGCCGCGGCCUGGGAGCGGCGGGGUGGCUAGAAGACAGCUGGAGGGGGCUGCCCAGGCCGCAGUGGCCUUGGAGUGGUUGGGGGACACUGGAGCCCCGUGGGAGGGCGUGAGCCCCACCGCCGUCCCCUCCUUUGGUUGCUGAGCAGGGGGGCAGGCUCUCAGCCUCUCCCCUCCCCCGCCUUCCGGCCACCAUCGGCUCCGCCGCCGUCCCGCUGGCUCUCCAGCCGGCUCCCGCUCCUGUUCCCGCCCCGGGCCCGGCGGCCCUGGCUGGAGGAGGAGUCGGAGGAGGUGGAGAAGGGGGAGGACAACGCUCUCGGCCGGAGCCUCCGGAGAUGGCCGGGGGAAACUGCGGUGGCUUAGCCUCGGCGGCGGCUGGCAGCGGCGAGAUCAUCCAGCUCAAUGUUGGGGGAACCAGAUUCAGUACCUCAAGACAAACACUUAUGUGGAUUCCAGAUUCAUUUUUUUCCAGUCUUCUGAGUGGAAGAAUUUCAACACUACGAGAUGAAACUGGUGCUAUAUUUAUUGAUAGAGAUCCAGCAGCAUUUGCACCCAUUUUAAACUUUCUUAGAACUAAAGAGCUUGACUUACGGGGAGUGAGUAUUAAUGUUCUCAGACAUGAAGCUGAAUUUUAUGGAAUUACUCCGUUAGUUAGAAGACUUCUUUUAUGUGAAGAAUUGGAGCGUUCAUCAUGUGGCAGUGUCCUUUUCCAUGGCUACUUGCCUCCCCCAGGUAUUCCUAGCCGCAAAAUAAACAAUACCCCUGGACCCUCUGCUGAUUCUCGAAUAGGACAGAAUUCUUCAGAAGGUCAAUCAGCUCGAGGAAAUGGUGCACAGCCCAUUCUUUCUAGAACUGGAGAAGAAGCAGUUAGAUUGGGAUUUCCCGUGGAUCCACGAAAGGUGCUGAUAGUAGCUGGCCAUCACAACUGGAUUGUAGCUGCAUAUGCUCAUUUUGCUGUUUGUUAUAGAAUCAAAGAGUCUUCAGGAUGGCAGCAGGUGUUUACAAGUCCAUAUUUGGACUGGACAAUUGAACGAGUGGCUUUGAAUGCAAAAGUGGUUGGAGGACCACAUGGAGACAAAGAUAAGAUGGUGGCUGUCGCCUCAGACAGUAGUAUUAUUCUGUGGAGCAUUCAAGAUGGAGGCAGUGGUAGUGAAAUAGGAGUAUUCAGUCUUGGUGUUCCUGUAGAUGCUCUCUUCUUCAUUGGCAACCAGUUGGUGGCCACAAGUCAUACAGGAAAAGUAGGAGUGUGGAAUGCUGUAACUCAGCACUGGCAGGUUCAAGAUGUUGUUCCUAUUACUAGCUAUGAUACUGCUGGAUCAUUCCUUCUUUUGGGUUGUAACAAUGGAUCUAUAUAUUACAUAGAUAUGCAGAAAUUUCCUUUGAGAAUGAAAGACAAUGACCUUCUUGUAACUGAACUUUAUCAUGAUCCUUCAAAUGAUGCAAUUACUGCUCUGAGUGUCUACCUCACACCUAAAACAAGUGUCAGUGGUAAUUGGAUUGAAAUUGCCUAUGGUACAAGUUCUGGAGCUGUAAGAGUGAUCGUACAACACCCAGAAACAGUUGGGUCAGGGCCUCAGCUUUUCCAGACAUUUACAGUUCACCGAAGUCCCGUUACAAAAAUCAUGCUCUCAGAGAAACAUCUUGUAUCAGUCUGUGCUGAUAAUAAUCAUGUUCGGACAUGGACAGUAACACGAUUCAGAGGAAUGAUUUCCACACAGCCAGGUUCUACUCCUUUAGCAUCAUUCAAGAUACUGUCUUUAGAAGAGACAGAAAGUCAUGGUAGUUACUCUUCAGGAAAUGAUAUAGGACCUUUUGGAGAGAGAGAUGAUCAACAAGUGUUUAUCCAAAAAGUUGUUCCUAUCACAAACAAGCUUUUUGUAAGACUGUCAUCUACUGGAAAAAGAAUAUGUGAGAUCCAAGCUGUUGAUUGUACCACAAUUUCAUCAUUUACUGUGAGAGAAUGUGAAGGAUCCAGCAGAAUGGGCUCAAGGCCACGACGUUAUUUAUUCACUGGACAUGCCAAUGGCAGCAUUCAAAUGUGGGAUUUAACUACUGCUAUGGAUAUAGUUAAUAAAAGUGAAGAUAAGGAUGUAGGGGGUCCGACUGAAGAGGAACUUCUUAAAUUAUUGGAUCAGUGUGACCUGAGCACGUCUCGAUGUGCUACUCCUAAUAUCAGCCCAGCAACUUCUGUAGUUCAGCAUAGCCGCCUGCGUGAAUCCAAUUCUAGCCUUCAACUUCAACACCAUGAAACCAUCCAGGAAGCAGCUACUUAUGGCUCAGUGAGGCCUUAUAGAGAAAGUCCUUUGUUAGCAAGGGCAAGGAGAACUGAGAGCUUUCACAGUUAUAAAGACUUCCAGACUUUUAAUUUGAACAGAAAUUCGGUGGAGAAAUCUGUUCCUGAAAAUAGUAGUCUUUGCCCAUUACAGGGAGAAAUGAGGUGGGCAAUGGGAGAGUGCAAUAUCUUUGAAAAAAAGUCUCCUGGAACAGAAGCAAAAGUUUCAAGAGAAGGAGAAGGAAUUGAAGCUCAGAAAAUAGGUGAAGGUUGGUUAGAAGCAAAGAAAAGGGGCUCAGAGGAUGAAAUGGAAAGCAAAGUAGAGAUGAAGAAGAAAGGUGGAUUUGAGGGGGGAGGGUUCCUUGGAAGAAAGAAAGUUCCUCACCUGGCAUCUUCACCAAGUACUUCAGAUGGAGGGACUGAUUCACCUGGUACAGCUUCACCUUCACCUACAAAGACCACCCCAUCUCCUCGGCAUAAGAAAAGUGAUUCUUCUGGUCAGGAUUACAGUUUAUGAAAACACUAGCCAUAUGGAUGGACAUUUAUGUCAUUGAAGAGUGAUGAAAGUUAAUUUAACUGGAUUUCAAUGCUGUUAAUUUUUACACUAAAACUUUACAAUUUAAAAUGGGCUUCAUUUCAGUGUCUUUAAGAGAAGGGAUUAACUGGAGCAAGGUGGUUGUUAACUAUGCUUUUCAUAUUGUUUAGUAACUCUUUGGAUUUAAUUAAAAUUACACACAACACAAUUAACAGUGACAUUUUAAAAGUCCAAUUUUGUUUGUGUGUCAUGUGGAAACAGCUCACUACUUCAGAGAAGAGUGGCAUGCUAAGAUAGCAUGAAUGCUUCCAUGUAGAGUGGAAGCUGACAGGCUUUGAUCCUUUAGUCAUUUUAACACUAACUUGUAUUGAGAUUUUGGGCAUGUCACAGUGUUUUGGUGACCCUUGUUUCCUAAUUCAUACAAUGUUUAAAAAGUGCUUCGAGAUCCUUACUUGAAAGGUGCUAUGUAUGUGAAAAAUAUUACAGUAAUAUUCUGAUUAUUAAACACUUAUAAUGUCAAAUAAUACAGCCCAGCAUGUCGAACUUCUUUUAAAGGGAUUUUUCUGUCUUGGGGACAGAAGUAAUUUUUCAAUUCUUAUUUUUGGACCUUAAGUUGUACCUUUAUUUGUACUACAAAUAAUGAAAACCUAUAGCCCCACCUAAAGGAUCUUUAGAACCGUGCUUAUGAUUUACAGUGAUACAGAGUUACCUUUGGUCAUUGUUUCUCUAAAGGUUUGAUGAAACAUGAUAGUAACUCAAGGAAAGAUUUUUGUGAAACCAACUUAAUUUUUGUCUUGUUUAUAAAUUUACCAUGGCUAUUUUCUCCCAGAUCUAAUAAAACUAAGAAACUUUUGCCUUGGUAAUUUUAUUAUUAGUUCAUGACAUUGUGAUUCUGAACGUUGAGUUAAUGCUUUUGGUUGCUGAAAGAUGUUGUUUUGCAUAUAUUUGUCUUCAUAUUAAAAAGUGGAAAGAAAAGAUAAUUAUUUAUAGUGAUUUCUUUGUUUUUCCUUAACAGGAUAUGAUUUCAGGUAUUUACAAAUAUGGUAACUGUAAAUUUAAAAGGUAUUAAGCAUUUGUUCUGGGAUGCUGUGCUUAUUAAAAUUACAGUAUAGUUUUAAUGUGUGAAGUGCAAAUAAGUCUUUUGAAGGUUGCCAUGUUGUGAAUGUUUUCCCAGGGGUUUGAAUAUCGAGUUAAAUAAAAGUGAUCCUUACAUCCAA